AUGAAACUCUCGACAGUGCAGAUGGCAAACUGGGCGAAGAAAUAUGGUGAUAUUUUUAAAAUAAACCUAUUGGGAGAAGAUAUCGUCGUCAUCAACGGAGAGUUGUGUUAUGAAGCUCUUGUUCAACGCGGUGAAGAUUUUGCAGGACGACCAUUUUUUAAUCGCGGUGCGUGGGUGUCAGAAAUGUGCGAAGACAUCGCAUUCGCUGAUAAUGAUGCACGACAGAAAAAGCGAAGGAAGAUUGCACAUAGUGGACUAAAACAAUACGGAACCGGAGUGGCUCAUAUUGAACAGAUAAACGCAAAUGAGAUCAAAGCUUUCUUGAAAAAAGUGGAGGACAGGAACGGUUCUCCAUUCGAUCCCCGUGCUGACGUUUACAAGUGCGUCAUAAAGAUCAUGACUUUAAUGUUUUUUGGAGAAGCCUGGACAAACGAAGAUGACAUUAACAUGAUUGCAGAGUCAGAUGAUGCAAUUGAAAGAGCCAUUGGAGCAGGGAAAGGAAUGGAGCUUGAUUAUUUUCCAUGGCUCCGGUUUUUUGGGAACACUUCAUAUGAAACAAUUAAACAAUUUAUUAUUAGUCGAAAUGCGCUGCACGAUAGAUGGAUUCCCUACUCAAAGGAUACGAUGGAGAAAGGAAAGAUUCGGGGCAUGGUCGACUGGUUACUAACAUCGCAGGAGAACGACCCAACAUUGACUGAUACCAAUGUUCGAAUGAUUAUGAUGAAUCUUCUAUACGCAGGCAUCUCAACAACAGAGAGCACCAUUGAAUCAGGAAUUAUAAUAUUGAUGAACUAUCCGGAAAUUCAAAAGAAAGUCCAAAUAGCUAUUGACAAAGGACUUGGAGACAGGUUCCCAACAUUGGAUGACAGAAGCAACCUCCCAUACGUUGAUGCUUUCGUCUUGGAGACCCUGCGCUACACCUCAAGCCUCCCGUUUGCAUUGCCACAUAAAGCUACAAUUGAUACAACAUUAGGAGGGUAUUUUAUUCCAAAGGAUACCCAGGUUUGGAUGAAUUUGUUUGGACUUCACCACGAUGCUCGACACUUUGCUGAUCCAUGGGUGUUCAAACCAGAACGUUUCCUUGACGAGAAUGGUGAAGUUAUUCCAGUUGAUCAACGGAAGAUGCUGAUGCCAUUUGGAGCAGGAAGACGUGUUUGUAUCGGUGAACAGUUAGCACGUGCAAGAUUGUUUCUCUUCUUUGCUGCAAUGCUGCAGAAGUUCACAUUUCUCCCACAAGAGGGCGAUGAAUGUCCAUCAUGCGACCCAAGGGGAUAUACGGUUGGGCUUAUAUCACGUCCAAAUAGUUAUGAAGUGCGAGCAAUUCUGCGUACUUGA